AGAUAAAACACUGCGAUCUGCAAGGUCGAUACAUUGCCUUCUUGCUCUUCAAUAAUCAUUUGAUGCAGAUUUUGUUUUGUGUUGUUUUCCAAUUCAAACUUUAACGUCAAAAAGAAAAAAAAAGAUAAUUAGCUAUUGUGAUUGAUCCGUAAUUGGAUGUGGGAGAAAUGGCGUGAACAAACUUUUUACCAGGCAGAAAGACAGAGUGAGUUGAUUUUUCAAAGCAGUGUUCCAUUUAUACGCCCCAAGCGUAUCGACAAAACUACAAAAAAUGGUAGGUAUGCGAUAAGGCCAGCGAAGAAGAUGUCGCCAUGCGUGAAAGGUUCCAGAAAGAAGCGGCUGGUGUCUCUCGUGGUUCUCUGCCUGUCUUCGCUGAUGUUGCUGGUUACAGCCAUCGUAUUUGACGACAUAGUGGAUGCCAUCACUCAUCAGGAGAUGUCUGAGAAACUGCCCAUAAGAAAUGGAAGCUUUGCCUUCAAGUUCUGGCAGAAGCCUCCUGUUCCAGUUAGUUUCAACAUUUAUGUCUUCCACAUCACCAAUCCAGAUGAGAUUCUAGCUGGUACUGCCCCACCUUCUGUAAUUGAGAAAGGACCAUAUGUGUACAUGAUGCACAUUGAGAAGACUAGUAUCAAGUGGCAUGACAAUGACACCGUCGAAUAUGUUCAGCCUCAGACAUUCGUCUUCAACAGAGAUGCCUCAGUGGGACCAGAUGAUGAAAAUUUUACCACUAUAAACAUACCUUAUAUAACCACAGCUACAAUACUGCAGUAUGAGUACCCAGCCCUUCAGACAGUUAUAGAUGCUUUUUUCAUUAGCAAAGGAGAGGAUGUGUUCAGAACAUUAUCAGUGCGGGAUAUCUGGUGGGGUUAUGAGGAUCCAGUCUUAGAAGAAGCAGCAAAAACAGCCAAGAAGUUCAACAUAUCCUCACCUCUGUUCAGUGGGAGAUUUGGAUUUUAUACAGAUAAAAACAAUACAGGUGAUGGUCUUUAUAAUGUAUACUCAGGUACAAAUGGAGACUUAGAUAACUUUGCUAUUAUUGACAGAUGGAAUGGAUUAAAGAAGUUAUCUGUCUGGAAGUCAGACUAUGCUAAUGGUAUCAGAGGAACAGAUGGUUCCAUGCAUCCCCCAUUCCUUGAUACUAGCAAGAAUUUGUCUAUAUUUGAUGCUUACUUGCACAGAUCUCUCAAACUAGUCUACAAUGGUACUUCUUCGUAUCGAGGUAUCAGAACUCUGAGAUAUUAUGUGCCUUACUCAGAAUUUGCUGCCAAUGCACAAAACCCUGAAAAUAUUGGUUACUGUACACCAGAUCCAUCCCACUGUCUUCCAUCUGGAGUAUACAACUUAUCCGAAGCUUCCUUUUUUGCUCCAAUGUAUGUGUCUCUGCCACAUUUUGUUGGUGGGGAUCCUUAUUAUCAAAAACAGGUCACAGGUUUAAGACCUUCUCAGUCUGAUCACCAACCAUUUUAUGACAUUCAUGAAUUGACUGGGAUUUCAAUGAGAGCAGCACGCAGAUAUCAAAUUGUCGUAAGAACUCAAAGCUUUAAAUAUUUUACAAAAUUCAAAAACUUUCCAAUCAGCUACAUUCCUGUUUUAUGGAUUGAUGGGGUAGCAAAUAUUGAUCCAGACACAGCCAAUCUUUUAAAAUCUCUAAUGCAAGAUCCAAUGGAUGCUCUACCCUUUAUAAGAAUAGGAUUGUUUUGCCUUGGUGGAGUACUUCUUCUGGUAGCAGCAUCAUUAGUCACUUAUUGGAAAUAUAAAAGUAGACAGCAGAAUUUGUACACAAGAAUUGAAGAUUCAGAAUAUGAGCCAGUGAUCAGAAAUCGAAGUAAAAGAUUAGCCCAAAAGGCAACAGUUGAUAUCAAUGGUACAAGUGAUUCUGCACAAGCCUCUCCUGUUACUCCAAACUCUUUCACCAGCAACAGGUUGAACAGCACCAGUAUUCAAUCAAGGGAGGGAAGAGAUGAAAAUACAAAGCCGCAGAACAGACCCAACAAUCCAACAGGGGCCAGGCAGAUGGAAGACUCCUUAGAGGAUGAUCAGCUCUCCAUAGAGAAAACUUCGUACUAUGAUUCUGCAUAUUAUGAUAGUUUUGGUAAUAGUGGUAAGACAACUAGUCUUACGUGAUGUGCUUUGCAAUAUUAUUUUUCUUUUAAUAUAUUUACAGUCUGUGAAUGUUUGAAUUUGUUGUUUUUGUUUCGGAAUGAAAAUUUUUAACUCUUUAUCUACCAUAAGUCACUUUGUUUCUUUUAAAGGGUGUGGUACCAGUAGUCAAAGAGUUAAAAAUAUUAUUUUAAAUUUUAUUUUAUUCAUAUUACCACAUUAUUUUGUGAUAUUACAAUUUUUUCUCAAGUGUAAAUGUGUGUAUGGAUGAAACUUUGAGCCUUUUAUGCUGUGAAGAGAUUUAUGAGAUUAAAAUUUUUGAAUGGAAAUGUAUGGUCAUUGCUAUAGUUACCAAUGUGCAAUUACAAAAAAAGGUCUUUUAAGUAAGCUUUUAUAAAUAUAUAUUUGGUGCAAAAUCCAAAUAAAAGAUUUUAAAAUUA